AUGACGUCUCGACGAAGAAGAGAUGCGAGUGAUGCAUCGAUUCAUUUAUCAAGGAAUGCAAAACUCGGUCGGCAUCUCCUGUCAACAUUCCAAGGCAAACCCUCGCAGAAUGACGAAGAGCUCCCCGCUUCACCCGCUCUCGAGAAGCACAAAGAGGACGAGCCUGACAUCAAUAUCCAUGCGGCACCCAUGAGCAGCGACGAAGAGAGUGAAUUGAGUGAAUCUCACCAAUCGAAGGACCCUGUCGAGGAGAGUAAACCCGCCUUGCCCACUUUGAAGGAAAAGCUCGUUGGGGCUAGGGAUGCGCCAAGUCGCACUUUCACAGGUUGGGAAGACUACAAAAAGAAAGAUGGGUUGGCACGAACGUCGAGUGUGCUGGAGAGUGGGAACGAGGGAGACCCUAUGUGGAUGCAAAAUCCCAAUCCUAAGCGGUCCAAGCAAAUUACCUUCCCAUCGUCAUCCAAUAAAGCUUCCUUUUCAAAGACACCAACAUCAAGCGCCCGUUCCAUCGCAACACCGGAGAAAUCAUCGCAGAAAUCGAAGCUCAACUCAGCGAAAUCGUCCGCCAAGAAAGGAAACGACAAAGCGAGCAAAAAAAACAAGCCAUCCAAAGACUCGGAUUCAGAGAACAGCUUCAAAGUUCCUCUGGAUUUCCAUGUUGCAAGCCCUGAGAAACCAAAAUUCAAAGUCCCUCCUACUUUGCAGAAUGACGAAUUUUCCAUGUCUUCUCUUGGUGCAUCCUCGCGGGAUACCCAAUCCUUCAACCUCGACCUUGACCUUGAGAUUUCAUCACAGUCGUCCCUCUCUUCAACCAGAUCCCUCUCGCCUUUGUCUUCAGAAGAUGAACUGCAGAAAAAAUCAAAUGAUCCUCCAAGAUCAACAUCACCGCCACGCAAGGCUCUUUGCCCCAUGUGUAAAGCAGAGGUUGACCCGGAGAUGCUGAGGGAGUUCCAGGCCCAACCGAAGCAGCGCCUUCGCGAACAACAACGAUUCUGUGCCUCGCAUAAAAAGGAUGCAGCGACGGUGGAAUGGCGAGCACAUGGCUACCCGGAUAUCAAUUGGAGCACUUUGGGAGAACGUAUGCAGCGCUAUCACUCAGAUAUUGAAAAGUAUCUGAACCCCGAGACUCCAUCUUAUUAUCGGAAUAUCCUCGAAAGUGCCCAGAAGGCUGGAUCAAGUCUCCGCCUGACUAUUACGAGCAAUGGCCUCGAGGUCAUAUCUUGCGGAUACUACGGCGGGAAGGGUGCUCACAAAAUGUUGGAUGGCGUCAUGGGUCGAUUUUCCGUUAAGCUACGCCGAUUAACUAAAGAUGACAGCCUUGCUGCCAAAGUGGGCAUUGUCGGAUACGCACAAUCCGUUCUUGUACCCGAACUAGCUGUUCGACUCAUCAUGGAGGAUAUGAAUGUUUCUGCGGAUGAUGCGCGUGAGAUCAUGAGAGAGAGUAUUGAUAUUGGUCAAAAGCUUAAUCCCCAGCAAGAUGAUGUUGUUGUUAUUGACGAUGAUGAGAUUGAAAACCUGCCUCAGGAGUAG